AUGUGGCACACUGACGAACGUAUGCAGAUUAUUCGGGGGCCUGUGGACUAUCUAUUGAAAUGUCCCGGGAAGGAUAUUCGUCGCAAGCUCAUGCAAGCUUUCAACGAAUGGUUAAGGAUUCCAGAGGACAGGCUGAACAUCAUCGCGGAGAUUGUUGGUUUACUACACACAGCGUCUCUCUUGAUCGAUGACAUUCAAGAUUCGUCUAAACUGCGACGAGGGAUACCAGUGGCUCAUUCGAUAUUCGGUGUCGCGCAAACUAUUAACUCCGCAAACUACGCCUACUUCGCUGCCCAGGAGAAGCUCAGAGAGCUCAAUCGCCCCAAGGCGUACGAAAUCUUUACUGAAGAACUACUUCGUUUACAUCGGGGACAAGGCAUGGAUCUGUACUGGCGAGACUCUCUGACCUGCCCCACAGAAGAAGAGUACAUCGAAAUGAUCUCGAACAAAACGGGCGGUCUCUUCCGGUUGGCAAUCAAGUUAAUGCAGUUGGAAAGUGAGGUAACAAGCGAUUUCCUCGGGCUUGUCGAUCUCUUGGGUAUCAUUUUUCAGAUCCGUGACGACUACCAGAAUCUCCAAAGUGACCUGUACAGCAAGAAUAAAGGGUUUUGUGAAGACCUCACGGAAGGCAAAUUUUCCUUCCUGAUUAUACACAGCAUCAACAGUAACCUGGGUAAUCAACAACUGCUCAAUAUCCUCCGACAGAGGAGCGAGGAGGAGUCGGUGAAGAAAUACGCUGUGGAAUAUAUUCGGUCCACAGGAUCUUUUGCCUAUUGCCAGGACAGACUGGCCUCAUUGCUGCAUGAAGCAAAGAUGAUGGUCAAUGUACUAGAAGAAAACGUUGGGUUUUCUAAAGAUCCGCAAACCAUGAUAGCCAUAUUUCAGGUGUCCGAACUCAAAGGUAUCUUUUAA